CUGGAAAAGGAAAAGCAGGAAUGCAGAUAUGGCAAAAUAGAUGAAGCAAGACCAAGAGUCAAGAGCUCUGAAGAAGAAUGAAAGAAGUUGAGGAGGAUGAGGAGGAUGAUGAUGUGUCCCUCCAGCAGGGGGCGCUGGCGGCGGAGCAGCGCAGCUGUCCGGGAGUCAGUACCGGAGCUGCUGAUCUGAUGGAGGAACGGAGCAGGGAGGAUGGAGGUCGCGGAGCUCUGAGUCGGUCGUCAUGAACCCGUUUGACGGCUGCGGUUCACCGCGACAUGAGGAGGCGGACGGCCGGUGUCCGUGGGCCCGCUUCGCCUCCUGGCUGGAGUGCGUGUGUGUCGUUACCUUCGACCUGGAGCUCGGACAAGCCAUAGAGCUGGUUUAUCCUCAGGAUGUGAAGCUCACAGAGAAGGAGAAAACCAGCAUCUGCUACCUGUCGUUUCCUGACUCGUACUCAGGAUGCCUCGGCGACACUCAGUUCAGCUUCAGGCUGCGUCAGUCGGUCGGUCGCAGAGCUGCGAGGUUCAGAGAUGACGUCUACAACAGAGACGCCCCGGUCACCCUGCAGAGGGAAGUGUCCCAUUUCUUUGGUUACGUCUAUUUCAGACAAGUCAAGGACGUCUCUGUGAAGAGAGGAUACUUCCAGAAGUCUCUGGUGCUGCUAUCCCGGCUGCCGUACACUCACCUGUUCCACUCGCUGCUGCAGAUCAUUGCACCUGAGUUCUUUGAGAAGCUGGAGCCCUGCCUGGAAGCAGUAUGUAACGAGAUCGACCAAUGGCCUUCACCCGUACCUGGAUUGACCCUUAACCUACCCGUGAUGGGCGUGGUCUUACAGGUCCGGAUCCCGUCAAAAGCCGACAAACCAGGAGGAAGUCCAAUCAGACAGACGGCGAAGGAGAACUUCCUGCCAGCUCCGAUUCUGCUGCCCACCAUCCACGACCUAGACCUCUUCAAGUGUUUCCAGUCGGUCCUGAUCCACCUGCAGAUGUUCUGGGAGCUCAUGUUGCUUGGGGAGCCUGUGGUCAUCAUGGCGCCGUCUCCUACCGUCUCCUCAGAAACUGUGCUGGCUCUUGUCAGCUCCAUCAGUCCUCUGAAGUUCUGCUGCGAUUUCCGUCCGUACUUCACCAUCCACGACAACGAGUUCAGAGAGUACACCACCCGGACCCAGGCUCCACCAAACGUGAUUCUUGGCGUCACCAACCCGUUCUUCAUCAAGACCUUCCAGAACUGGCCUCAUGUGGUCCGACUGGGAGAGAUCAGGAUGGCAGGUGAUUUACCCAAACAGGUGAAGGUGAAGAAACUGUCCAAGCUGAAAACACUGGACACUAAACCAGGGAUCUACACAGCCUACAAGACCUUUCUACACAAAGACAAAGUUCUCAUUAAGAGACUGUUGAAGGGGAUUCAGAGGAAGAGACCAUCAGAGGUGCAGAGCGCCAUCUUGAGGAGACACCUGUUAGAGCUGACUCAGAGCUUCAUUAUCCCACUGGAGCGGUACAUGGCGAGUCUGAUGCCACUGCAGAGAUCUGUGACGCCCUGGAAGACGCCUCCUCAGAUUCGUCCCUUCAGUCAGGACGAGUUCAUGUCCACUCUGGAUCACACCGGCCCUCAGCUCACCUCGGUGCUCAAAGGUGAUUGGAUGGGACUGUACAGGAAGUUCUUCAGGUCUCCGAACUUUGACGGUUGGUACCGACAGCGACACAGAGAGAUGAGUCAGAAGCUGGAGAGUCUUCACCUGGAGGUCAUCUGUGACUCCGACCUGCUGGGCUGGACCAAAGACAAGUCUGAGGUGGAAAUAGUCGACCUGAUUCUGAAGCUCCGAGAGAAGCUGUUGAAAGCUCGCCGGCAGCAGUUGCAGGUGAAGGACGGAGUUUUCGACAAACUGGACGUGUUCAUAACGUCCAUCAUCAGAUCGCUGCCUGCAGACCUGCAGCGAGUCCUGAACGCUCACACAGACACACAAACGCACCUGCGGCAGGUACCGACGGCUCUCUGAGAUCCGACUCGGACUCGACUUCUCAUCGUGACGCCUUCAUGAAGUUCAGACGUUCUGAAGCUGAUAUCAAACGUUCAGCAGGAGGGAAAAAGUCACAAAGUUAUGAGGAAAAAAACAGAAAAGUCAGAAUAUUUGCGAAAUAAUUCGACUUUUUUCUCACAACAUUGUGAUUCUUUUUCUCGACGUAGUUUGACGUUUUUCUGGAGAUUCGUGUUGUUCACAGUGGCUCCUGUUACUCAGUUACAUUAAUUAAACACUAAAAGCUAAAUGUUUGUCCUGUUAUGUUUAUUCAUUGAACGCAGAUGAAAGAAAACAGUUUAUUUAUUUCUGUUGGGUUUGAUGAUGAAUGUUGAAGAUAUUUUUAUAAACUGAGUUCAGUGAAUGUAACACUGACUUCAUGUCGCUCACCUUUCUUUCUUUCUCACUAACUGUAAAUAUUUGUUUUGCUCUGAAAAAUAAAAACCUGAAUUAUAUAAAC